AAAGACAGAACAGAAUGUUCACAAAAAUCGAACCCUCAUGUGUGCACGUGAACGCUCCAACGAAUCCCACUGACCAAUCAGCGUCCAGACAGAGUGUUCCAUCAUCUCUUGUGUUUGUCCCGUUCGAACCUUCUAACUUUUUUGCGGUUGCUAUGGCUGCGAGAGUUCAUGCAAGGCUGUGUGGUGGUUAAUACAUCUAUGGUGGUGACACACACACACACACAGAUAGAGAGAGAGAGAGGGAAGUGACGACUGGGGCUGUUGUUGGGACACGUGACUGGAGAGCUGCACUGAUCUGUUUUGACAAGCAGCCGUGGAGGGGAGGGAAGUGAGCUGAGGAGGAGGAGGAGGAGGGGAGGCAGCAGACUGUAAGCAUCACGACUAAAAGGAGAGGAUUCACUGUUCCCUUUCAUCUCGACCUAGUCUUCUAGUUUCAAGCAGUCAAAACGGGCCGUUGAGAACAUUGAGUCAACCGUUGCCCCCGUUGCUACGACGACGCGGACGUUAACCGUUAAGUCUGGCUAUUUGUUGUCGGGUUUGAAAAAAGUUGGAAAGGUCGCUAAGGAAAGUCAGCACAGGUGGCGUGUUUUUCUAACGUUAAAUGGAUGGAUAUGGAUGGGUAGAAAGUGGACCAUAUCCGUUUGAGCUGUGGCUACCUGCGCUAAGUAUAUAUAUAUUGGGGGUUGGGGAUGUUUUGGGGAGGUCGUCGUCACCAUUAAAUAACCAAACAGUGACGGUUGAGUGACGGUUAAGUGACGGUUAAGUUUGCUACCUAGCUGCUGAGUUAGCAACCGUUGCGAGGGAGCCAAUGUUACAGGAGAGAGAAGAGGACACCGACAUGCACCGCGACGUAACUAUGGUUCAGGUGGUGGCAUUUGAGACGAGUAGCCAGCUUGCUAGUUAAAUAAACUAGUUACUAGCACGUUGACAUCUCCUGUAACGCUAACUGUGGCUCUUCUCAGCUGUGUCUUUGUGUGGACAACACAGUGCGACUAGAUGGAAGCGUACAGUAGCAUGCUAACAAAGCAACGCUUUGUUGUUGGAUAAGGGGGGCAGCUGGCUGGCACCAACACAACAAGGCUACCAAAGCUGAUAUUAUUAUUGCUUUACUAAUACAGCAGUCACAGGAGGCUGUGUGUGUGAUAGAAAAGAAGACCCUGCUGCAAGAGACCCCUGAAGGCAACCUGAUGACACUGGACAACAUGAAGUCGGAGCGAGAUGCAACGGAGGAGUUCUUCGAGUAUGAUGCGGAGGAGUUCCUGGUGUUCCUGACCUUGCUCAUCACAGAGGGAAGGACACCGGAAUACUCUGUGAAAGGCAGGACCGAGGGGCUGCACUGUCCACCAGCCCAGUCGGCCAUGCCGCCUCUUCACAAGCACGAAUGCAGCGACAAACUGCCCCAGUGUCGGCAGGCGAGGCGAACCCGUUCGGAGGUGAUCCUGCUUUGGAGGAACAGCAUCCCCAUCAUGAUCGAGGUCAUGCUCCUGCCAGACUGUUGCUAUGGUGACGAGUGCCCCCCGAGUGACCCCAUCAGCGACCCGGUCAUCAAACAAGAUGCUUUGUUGCUGGAGAGAUGGACCCUGCAACCAGUUCCAAGACAAAGCGGCGAUCGUUUCAUUGAGGAGAAGACCCUGCUGUUGGCUGUUCGCUCCUACGUCUUCUUCUCCCAGCUCAGCGCCUGGCUCAGCGCCUCCCAUGGCAUCGUCCCGAGAAACAUCCUGUACAGGAUCAGCGCUGCUGAUGAGGAGUUGGUGUGGAAGUUCUCCCAGCCGCCUUCGGAACACAUUUUCCCCGUCCCCAAUGUAUCCCAGAGUGUUGCACUGCAGGUCCGUGUCCAGUCACUCCCCCGUCAACCCACCUACCCCACCCUGGCCUGCAGCAUCCACACCGGCCUGCCUCCUCUUUACAGCAAGACCCCCAGCCUCAACCCAAACCUCAACAGCCAUGGUGGCCUGCCCACCCACAAAAAGAGCCAAGACCCCAGCAAAGACAACCUGCUUCACAACUCUACCAUGUACAGCAAGAGCUCCAACUCCAUGUCUGGCCUUCUCCUCAAUGGAUUACCCAUUCCUAAUCUCCCCAUCAACAACAUCCCCAUCAAUAGCCUUCCCCACACUGCUGUCCUCCCUCCAUACAGCAAGAAGAGCCAGGAGCCUGGCGAGGACCACACAUAUCAGAAUGGAGAGCUUCCGCAGGUCAACAUCCCCCAACGUCAGGGCUCCCCGUUGUUCCACAGGCCCUCUCACUCCCCUACGCCCUCCCGCUCCCACUCCCCCUCUCCACUUCCCACAAGUAAAGCGGGGAAGUGGCUGUACUCGGCUCUCAAUGGUUCAUCUGACCCCACACAAGUAGAGGACUAUGGGUCUGGCACCAACAGCAGCGAUAAGUCAAAGCAGCCCAUCCCUGAGCCACUGAGGACUUUUAAGAAUUUCUCCUUGGCCGAGCCGCCCCGGUGCCCCUCCCCAAGGUCCGCAACCGAGACAAACCCCCUGAUUGGAUCCCUGCUGCACGAGAGACAGGAAGUUAUUGCCCGCAUUGCACAGAGGCUCAACUUCUGCGACCCCACAGCACCGCCACUCCCUCCCGGCCUUUUUGCUUCUGACAACCCUCCCAAAGCCAUGUGGGGCAGUAACCAUGACGACAUAACUGCCAGUAAGACCAAAGAGCCUGAGGUACCGCCCUAUGAGUGUGUGGGACGCGUGUGGCCCAGCCCCUUCAACACACCCAUGACUGACACUUCUUACAGCAAACGGGAGGGCUCCUCCCCUAAACCUGCAGCAUGCAGGAAGCUGAGAAUGACUGAGACGAGAGACCGAGAGGAGGAGAGGAAUGGACCGAGGGAGAGAGAGAAAGAGAAGGAGAAAGAUGGGGAGAGAGACAGCUCCCUGAUCGCCCAGGCAGUACAAGACAUAACUAGACUCAUCCAGGAGAGACUGUCUGUCCCCUCGCUGUCCCCAAGGCACAGCAGGAGCGGCAGCCAUCUGCACCACACGCACACGACAACAGUCACACACACGGUCCGCACAUACUCACACACCUCACACAUCCCACAAGCCUCACACACUGCCACCAACGGCUACGCCAACGGCCACAUACCCAGCCAUGAACCUCACAGAGGCAGCAGUUGCACCGCUGCCACACACGCGCCCGUUUGCACAGACAAGCCCCGGGUCGACCCGGGGGCCGAAUGCCAUUCUCCCCGGGCCCAAAAUGGUGCUCACUUUACACUUGAAGAACCCUCAUUCAAAGGCCAGUCGCACGCCCAGGCUGGCCAGCGUUUACGAACUCCCCCGCAGGAAAAGCUCAGAGUCAGGACACCCAGCAGCCAUGAGACCCCCCCUGCCUCCCCUGUCCUCGAGAACAGCCCAAGGAAUGCUCAGAUCUUUAGUUGGACUUGCAGUGAUGCCAGUCCAGCCAUGAACUGUAAGAUAAGCCACAACCACAGCAAGCCUCAGCCUCAGCUUCAGUCCCAGAUGCAGUUCUGUGCGCCAGCCCAGGCCUCUGCCCUGCAGGAUGAGAACCAGGCCCCCUCGAUGUCGGGAUGCUCCAUCGCCUCCAGUCCAGACAUGACACCCCCUUCUACUGUCCUGCGAGCUCAAAGCCCCUCCCCGCUGCGCCCUUGCAACAGCUGGAAGAAACAGAAUCGCCACUCAUUAGACGCCACAGCGACCAAGGCCUUCCACCCGUGUACUGGCCUGCCUCUGCUCUCCAGCCCUGUUCCUCAGAGGAAAAAUCAAACAGGCUACUUUGAUCUAGACACCUCUCUGGCUGGCUGUAAGGGUUUGCCUUGGGCCUCUGGGAAAAGGGUGUGUCCAAAGGUAGAGGGGUACACCGAUGAGCAGCUGUUCAGUGCCAGCGCUCCACCUGCCAGUCUCAGUCUGCUGGGAAACUUUGAGGAGUGUGUGCUGAACUACCGCCUGGAGCCUUUAGGGUUAGUGGAGGGUUUCACAGCAGAGGUUGGAGCCAGCGGGUCCUUCUGCCCCAGUCACCUGACCUUACCUGUGGAGGUGUCAUUCUACAGUGUAUCCGACGACAACGCUCCCUCACCAUAUAUGGGUGUGAUAAACCUGGAGUCCCUGGGGAAAAGGGGCUACCGCGUACCUCCAUCAGGAACCAUUCAAGUGACCUUAUUCAAUCCCAACAAGACAGUGGUGAAGAUGUUUGUUGUGAUGUACGACCUACGAGCCAUGCCAGCUGGACACCAGACCUUCCUGCGCCAGAGGACCUUCUCUGUUCCCGUCCGCCGUGACACAAACAAUCAGACCAGCAGGAAGCCCCACGGCCAGACACGCACCUUGCGCUACCUCGUUCAUCUGAGGUUCCAGAGUUCUAAGUCUGGGAAGAUCUACCUCCAUAGGGACAUCCGUCUGCUGUUUUCCAGGAAGUCCAUGGAGGUGGACAGCGGAGCUGCCUACGAGCUCCAGUCCUCCAUAGAUUCCCCUAUGGACCCAGCGUUCUCUCCACGCUGCUGAGGCCGGACUCCCUCCCUCCUCCACCCGGCAGGUGACUACCGAAGCUUCAAUCACACCUUGAUGCCAGCUAUAGACUCUCACGCAGCCCACGGCUGGAUAAACAGCUCUAAAAGAGGAAGCAAUUUAAGGACAGCAGUCAACAAGACUCACCUGGCAUGUUUCAUCCCUUCUGUCAACCAGAACUGACAAAGGGGGGGCUAAGAGCCUGGGAGACUCGUCAGAAAUGAUGUUCUUUGUUAAGUGCACAACCUUGGAUCAAAAGGGUUGGGUCAAAGGUUACGGUUAUAGUGUGUCUCAGAUCGUGUUCUCCUGGUUACGAAGGCCUUACCGGAUAUGAUAGGUCAUUGUUUUUCCUGCUGUUGUUUGUAUCCCCUCCAGCGUCUGGCAGGAGAGUAGACACCAGUGAUCGUAUACAGAAGCAGUUAGACCCCUUAAAUUAUUUCAGCAGAGUUUAGGCGACUUCACUCUGUUUGCUCAAAUCAAAACCUUAAUCGGACCUGUACUCGACACGAUGAAUACGUGUUCAAUUGGAAUUAAUUUAGUUAUAAACGCAAUACUAGGCCCCUUUUAUUGGUAAAAUAUUUUGUUUUAAAUCCUUGAAGAUAAGAUUGAUUGAACCGAAAGUGAACUCAGCUUUGACCCUGUGAUUCAUGAGCUUGGAGCAGAGGGAGCACGUACGGAAGAGGAAGCGGGUGGCGAACUGUGGUGCAACGCCAUCCCCUCGUCCCCAAAAAAAAACAAAAACACACACCAUGGACCACUAAAGAAGUUGAACAAGCAAUCAAGCUUUCAACUGAAAGCAUCACAGCAGAACAUCAAAAGUGCACUGUGGAUUUUUUUUUUCUCAUUAUAACUGGAAAUGAAACAGAAAAUAGUAAUAUUCUAAUACUUUUGUACUGUUACAGAACCACUUUAUUGGAAGUGUUGCAAUAGAAAGAGUAAUCUUAGUUUAGUGUUUACACAUUCACUUUCAGUUUACUUACCAUCAUUUUAUUUAAUAUUUAAAUUAAUAUUUCAGUUACUACUUGUGACGUCUGUCAUGCUAAGAUGAUGUAGUGCAAACUGUAUAUCAUAGUAUGUAUUUUUGACAUUAAUAUUCAAAUCUGAAAAAAAAUAUAUCUAUAUAUCUUCUAAAGCAAUCUUGAAAGCUG